AUGAAGACUAGAGCCGCAUUCAGACCCUUGCUAGGAUGGUGUCGGUACAGAGAUGGGGUUCUCCUACGAAGACAAGGCUUGCGAUGGGCAAGCGAUACCUGGGCCCCAGGCCCGGCGCAAAAGGCUGGAGCAGAGUCAGUCAACUUCCCGGGUGCUCUCAACAGUAGCUUCACGUCGAUGAUGAAGUUUCAUAAUCCUGCUGAGGUUACAGCCAUGCCAACAUAUAGAAUCAUGGAUGCUGACGGCAACAUCGUUGACAAUACGCGAGAUCCUCAAUCAGCAUCAGACGAGGACGUUAUCCAAUGGUACAAGACCAUGCUGACUGUUAGCAUCGUGGACCUGAUCAUGUUUGAUGCUCAACGGCAAGGUCGCACCAGCUUCUACAUGGUCUCCGCGGGAGAGGAGGGCAUAGCUGUUGGCUCAGCAUCUGCCUUGACUCCGGAAGACGUUUGUUUUCUGCAGUACCGUGAACAAGGCGUGCUCCUCCAUCGAGGGUUCACGUUGAAAGAGUUGAUGAGCCAGUUGUUUUCUAAUAAAGAUGAUAACGGCAAAGGUCGAAAUAUGCCUGUUCACUAUGGCUGUAGCAGGAUAAAUGUGCAUACAAUCUCAAGCCCAUUGGGUACGCAGAUACCACAAGCCGCAGGAGCAGCAUACGCCUUGAAGAUGCAACGGCUGAUCAACCCCAAUGUUCCACCCAGGGUUGUUGCCUGCUAUUUUGGUGAAGGUGCAGCAAGCGAAGGCGAUUUCCAUGCAGCAUUGAACAUCGCAGCGACAAAAUCAUGCCCCAUUGUCUUCGUAUGCCGGAACAACGGCUUUGCAAUCUCGACUGCCAGUAUUGAGCAGUACAAGGGUGAUGGUAUUGCUAGUCGUGGCAUGGGAUAUGGCAUCGAUACUAUACGAGUGGAUGGCAAUGACAUAUUUGCGGUGAGGGAAGUCAUGAGAGAGGCAAGAAAGCGCGCUCUCGAAGGCAACUGCAAACCUAUACUGGUGGAAGCGAUGAGCUACCGAGUCAGCCAUCACAGCACAAGUGACGACAGUUUCGCGUACAGGGCAAAGAGAGAAGUGGAGGAAUGGAAGAGGAGAGACAACCCAAUCACCAGGUUGAGGAAAUGGAUGGAAAAGAAGGGAAUCUGGGACGAGGAUAAGGAGAAGGAAGCAAGAGCAUCGAUACGAAAAGAAGUUCUCAGGGAAUUCUCUGCCGCUGAAAAAGUCAAGAAGCCCGCGAUACGAGAAAUGUUCACCGACGUGUAUGAGGAGAUAACCCCAGAAGCUCGGGAGCAGAUGAAGCAAUUGAAGGAGAUCGUCGAGAAGUACCCGAAAGAGUAUGAUUUGUCGGUACACGAGGGAGGCGUGAAGACUUUGGAACAAUGA